CAUAAAUGAGAGUUUAAAUUCCUAUAGAGAUAUUUAUUACAGUUCAAGUAAAUUUACUAGCAACGAUGAUAGAAUGCUCGUUAUAGACGAUUGGAUAGACGCUACCAACGAUUGGAAGUGCUCCGGUAUAGAAGGCUAUCAACGCUGGCGAUCUCUAAUAAAAUCUGAAAUGGAUGCUACAGAGGAGCUCUCAAAGACGGCAGACGCUGACGACGUACUCCAGGCGUCUAAUUUGAUAGCCCACUCCUCAACUUUUAAGGCUUUAAUAAACCCAGACGUUUCUAAGCAUCCGAUAACUGCAGUAAACAAGUAUUUCUUACUCCCAAAAGUGAAAGGUCAGAAAGGCAAACCAAAGUCUGUCAAGGUUGAUGUCGUAGCCGAUGCAGGAAGAUCAUGGAUUAGACUAUCGAGUUUAAAAAUGUUCUCUAUCCUCGCCGAACUGGCUGAAAUGGAUUCUUUGUUAACUUCCUCAGAAGAUGAACAUUUGUUAUACGAUCACGCAUUCACGACACCCAUGUUACUUAAACUCGGCCACGAGCUCUCGGAGGCCUCCUUGAGGCAUUACAUACACGAUCAGCGACCGGAUAUUCAUCUUUAUUUCACCCGUCUAACCGAAGAAGAAAUCAAACACUCGGACCCUCGUAUAUCAGCCCAAAUUGAAGCACUUGUUAGCUAUGGAAUUAAUGUACACUACGGAAUACCGGAUUACACACUAGAGACGGGCCCAUGUAAACCAAAAGAACCUCUGCGACCAACAUCCAAUAUCAACUUAGAUGUCUCAAUACUUAUAGCAUUCAUUUCACUCACUACGCACAUUGAAGAUCCGGCUACUGCAUCAUUGAAACCCGACCCUUCGAAUGAACAUAUAAGGGCUAUCUCCAAUCAACUACAACAAGAGUCAGGUCUAUGUCCCUUGAUUGACUUGAUUAAAAAGCGAUGCGAUGGUCAACAGCUCCAAUUCUGGACGACAGAGGAGAAUAAAGAUAGAACUUUCAAUAUAUUAGAGAAAAUUGGUGGAGAGAGCGAAAAACGCCGACUUGAGAGUCUUUUUGAGGACGGACAGGGUCUCUUUUGGGUUGGAAGCAGACAUUGUGAACAACCAAUCACCGGAUUCCCAGUCAAAGUCAUUCGUGGUUCCUGCGAUCAUGUAGUCAAGGCAACUUUCGAUGAUUUCGUAUUAAGGAGAGCAAAAAAAGCACUCGAUCUGGACGAUUAUGCAGGUUCAGCGAGUAAAUUGACACCACACACUUUGCGCACUGUUAUAGCGGGAUUAGAGCGAGGCUGGACAACCUUGACAUCCAAUAGACAGUCAAUAAGAGCGUUAGUGCAAGGGUGGCAUACCCACGUAAAUAGUGACGACUCAAAGGCAACUUUCUGGCUUGUAGAACCACGCUCGUUAUCUGAACAAAUGCUUGAAAGAUCGCAGAGAUAGAUGUAGAUAUAUGCAUGUAUAGAACCUAUCCUUUUACGCUAUUCUCUAAGACUUCUACGCGAGCGUUCAACUUCAAAUCAUUGAGGGCUUUGAACGAUGAUGGAUCGAUGAGACAGAUAUAUUCCCAUUCAUCACUCCAAUCUUCAUCUUCAGCUUUAUUCACGUAUUCUUUUAUACGUUCCUUGACAUUCUUGCCAUCUUUUGAGGCUGCCGUUAUACGAACUCUCAUCUGUGCUCUCGCCAAUGGAAGAACACCCUUCUCUUGAAUUUGUUUGAUAACCUCACCACUUUGAGAUUUAGCAUUCUUGUUAGCGUUCACACUGUAGUGCACGUCGUGCAUAGCCUUUUCAAUCAUCGACACGGUGACUGGUCUGCCUGUUGCUGGAUCAACGCAGCGUUCGGCGACAAUCGUAGCAAUUUCUCUCCACUUGUUUGACAAAUCAUGUCCCCGCUCCUUCUCGCCUACUUGGAGCUCACCCUUCUUGAGAAUUUGCUUUAUGAUUUCAUCAUUAUCUGAAGUACCGAAAGCUUUCUGGAGCUCAUCAUUAUUGCAUACCGCGCCUUUUGAAACGUUUGUGAAAACAGAGGAAAUCUGCACAACGUUAUCGAUAUCAGUCUCGGAUCCAUUCCUCCAUUCACCAACUUUAUUCUUGUAGCAAGCUAUUUCAAACCUCUUACCGGCCUUUUUGAGACGUACAACAGAGACAUUUGUGAGCUUUAUCUGAUUAGAUGGCUGAUUG